AUGAUCACAGACCCCACAGGUACUCCUGAUGCAUCCCGCCUGCCUCCCGGACCUGGAACAUAUUCGGCCGUGGCUGCAGCCCGCUCUCAUCAUUUAUUGUGUGGCAGGACUGCGGCCGUGAGAGAGGGGACCGGGUAUACAUGCAUCAAGCACUCGGAUCGCUUGCCGUCUUCACCUGCGAGUGGUUUGGUGUGCAGAGAGCCGGGGCCACAUGCUAAGGCAGCCCAGUCAUUCACUUAUAAAAGUGACCAGGCUACUAAUAUUAAAGUGGGCGGAGCUAGAUCCCAAUCCUGUUGGGAUCUGUGGCCUCACAGCUGUCUGUCCCGGCAGGAGGGUCCACUACAUUACAUAUUAAAGGGCCACAUGCUCUAAGCGGGGACGAGAAAGAAACAGACAGUCCUGAAGCUUUUGAAGCUGAAAGUGAGGGUGAACAGAUUGACACACUGAGUGCUGCUGCCACAACCAAGAUGGCCACAUCUACUAAACUCACUACUGCCACCACCACCAAAAUGGCCACUGCCACCUCUAAGAUGGCUACUCCACACAUGGAAAAAAACAUAUCUACCAAAGCUGCUGCUUACAACCCAACUAUGCCACCAGAGAUGACUGCAGGAUUGCCGGCAUCUGCUGAUAUGCUAAAAGAACUUAAAAAUAGAUCUGAGAAAUGA